ACAAUUGUAGGGAUAAUUUAUCUGCUUUUGUAGCGAAGAUUAAACUAGAGAGCACUUCUUUGUUGUUGAACAGGUCGGGAGACAGAGAGAAACAGCGAGAUAAGGAGAGGCAGAGGCGGCAGGCGACUUUCUCUGAAGUUGAAGCCAGAAUUUCGGUCGUUAACUGCCAGAGGAAGCGGAGCCAGCGACCUGUAUUUUGGAUUAGUGAAACGAGGGGGAAACACGGGUUCGUGUGUGGCCAAAAGAUCACCAGUUAAAUGAACAAAAGUUGAAGUUCGGCGUCGUGGCAGUCGGUAAAUGUUGUGGCAUUUUAGGAGAGCAUAAAUUGCUCCAGCGGUCGACGGUCGAGUGGCGGGGUAAAACCCGAGCUGUCAAACCCGAUGACUACUGCAAACUGCCCCGGGAAUGAGGAGCUGGACUUCAGACUGAUCUUCGGAGAGGACGGGCAGCAGCAGCCGUUAGGCCCCGCAGAUCUGGAGCCUGAUGACAACACAUCAUUCUACAUCCUAAAUGUGGGCCAGCCCCAGGCUAUGGUCACUAAUCACCAGUCUAUUGGCUUGCCUCGUCAUGGCAUGCAGUCUCACUCCCAGGUCAUCAACACUUCCCAACGCCUUCAAUCACAGAAACCAGGAUCUGAGCCUCCAAGCUAUGAGCCACAAGACUCCAAGUAUGGCACCUCCCCUCUACUGCCCUCUGCUCCUGUGGAGGCACCAAAGGCCUUUGAGUGCCCCAGUAUCCAAAUCACCUCUAUCUCCCCUAGCUGCCAGCAGGAGAUGGAUGCCAAUGAGGAGGAUCUGAGGGCCAAUGGCCCUGAUGGGGACUACCAUGGUGACAGGCCCCUGUCCAGAGACCACCUGUAUUUGCGGCUAGACCACUCAUACCGGGACUCUUCACUCAGCCCCAGCCCAUGCAGCAGCCUCUCCUCUAGGAGCUGGUUCUCUGAUGCCUCCUCAUGUGAAUCAUUCUCACACGUCUAUGAUGAUGUUGACUCCGAGUUGAAUGAAGCAGCUGCCCGGUUUACCUUAGGCUCCCCCCUUACUUCCCCAGGCUGUGCCUCCCCUCAAACUGGUGGUGGAGUUCUGGAGGAGCAGCCCCAUUGGCAGCACCACCACCCCGCCUUUGUGCACCACUCCCACUCUGUCAGCCUGUCACCACGACAGUCCCCCUGCCACUCGCCACGCACCAGUGUCACUGACGAAAAUUGGCUUAGCCCUCGGCCACCUUCCAGGCCUUCCUCACGUCCCACGUCACCAUGUGGGAAGAGGCGUCACUCUAGCGCCGACAUCUGCUAUCCCGGCUCAUUGUCUCCACAUCACUCACCCACACCCACGCCAGGACCUUCACCUAGGGGCAGCGUUACGGAGGACACCUGGGUUGGCAGUCCCUCUGUAGGCAUGUCGCCCUUCCAGUGCUGCCCAUCUGAGGCAGACAUCCCAUCCAAGACAAGGAAGACCUCACAGGACAGAACAGCUAUGCAGUCUGGGAAAGGGGAGCUAGGGCUAGAUGACCAAGGAAAUAUGUCACCUAAUCUAGACUCUCCCUCAGAUGAGGCCAUGCACAGCCUGAAGAAGGAUGGGCCUGGGGAACAGUUCCUCUCAGUCCCCUCCCACUUCUCAUGGAAUAAACCCAAGCCCGGUCAUACACCUAUAUUCAGGACCUCCUCACUGCCUCCUUUAGAUUGGCUGCUGCCAAGCCAGUUUGGCCAAUAUGAAUUGAAGAUAGAGGUGCAACCCAAAGCCCACCACCGAGCGCACUAUGAGACAGAGGGCAGCCGAGGAGCCGUCAAAGCAGCAUCUGGUGGCCACCCAAUCGUGAAGCUCAUUGGCUACAGUGAGAAGCCUGUCAACCUGCAGAUGUUCAUCGGAACAGCAGACGACCGUUACUUGAGGCCGCACGCCUUCUACCAGGUGCACCGGAUCACCGGGAAAACCGUAGCCACAGCCAGCCAAGAAAUUAUGGUCUCAAGCACCAAAGUUCUCGAAAUUCCUCUCCUGACCGAAAACAACAUGUCAGCCAGUAUCGACUGUGCUGGCAUCCUUAAGCUGCGGAACUCAGACAUUGAGCUGCGGAAGGGGGAGACGGAUAUAGGAAGAAAGAACACACGGGUCCGUGUGGUGUUCAGAGUGCACAUCCCUCAACCCAACGGGAAGGUGCUGUCACUGCAGGCUGCCUCCAUUCCUGUGGAGUGCUCCCAGCGUUCAGCUCAAGAGCUGCCCCAGGUUGAGAAAUCCAGCCUGACCAGCUGUCUGGUCAGCGGGGGAGAAGAGAUGGUGAUCACAGGCUCCAACUUCUUCCCGGAGUCCAAGGUCAUCUUCCUGGAGAAAGGCCCUGAUGGACGGCCACAAUGGGAAGUUGAGGCAAAAAUAAUACGUGAGAAAACUCAAGGAUCGUGCAUCGUGGUAGAUGUUCCUCCCUACCACAGUAAGACUGUGGGCUCAGCUGUGCAGGUGCAGUUUUAUGUCUGCAAUGGCAAGCGGAAAAGGAGCCAAUCACAACGCUUCACUUACCUUUCAGUCAUGGUGAAACAGGAGCACAGAGACGAGCUGGACCUUCCUGCAGUACCCCCUAUGUCCAUGCCCCUGGCACAUGCUACCAGUCUGGUGCGCACCCAGCUGCCUUCUCCUGAGCAGGGCCACCCAUCGGACAACCUUCUGUCCAGCUCCCCUCACGGCCUGGCCACGGGCUCUGGACCUGGCCUGCUACCCCUGCAGGCCACCUGCCCCUCCCUGGGCUCCCCGUCUUUCCAGCACCUGCCUCACCUCCAGAGUCGCAGUUUGCACCACCCCCCUGCAGAUUGCCACAUGACGUUCCACCCGAGCUCUGCUCCUGCUCCUCUUUCUGCUCCUCCCCGGCCCUCUUACCAGCCUAUGCAGCACAGCCACAGUCAUGGUCAUAGCCUGCCCUUCAAUGGCCAGUCCAGCCUUCCUCCUCAGGGCUAUGAGAGGAUGCCCUUUCAGCAGAGCCCCAGUGCAGCAUCACACCCAAUGGGUAUGGGGAUGGUGUACUCCCCCUCCCCUUGCUCCUCACCAUCAGCUCCCUCCUCUUCAAGCACCAAUCCCAUUGCUGGGUCUCCCCAGAGCCAGCAACCCCUGCUCUCCCCCUCGUCCCCACACCUCCAAACACUUGGAGGCUAUCACUGCUCUCCAAAUCCCACCCAGGUUCCCUCUUCCAGUGGUCACCCCCUUGUAGGGCAACACUCCUCCCAGCUGCAGAGGGCCAUGGGCUACCACCCAGUAAGUCAAAGGUCAGCCUCUUGCCCCACACCGUCCAGUGCUCCUCCACCACGGAUGAUCCCCUCUCCGCACUCUGGGCCUUCCUCCCCUCAGCUCCACUCGCUGCCCUACCAGUCUCCCACCUCCUCCUCCCCUACUUCAGGCGGCAGUCCUCUGGGGCCCCUUCAACAGCAGCCUUCUCCCCAAGCUACAAGUCCAGUCAUGGCCAGUCUCUCCCCAGCAGCAGGCCCUCUGGUUCACCCUCUAAGCCCUCAGGGGCCCUUCCCUUUGGACGGGGAGAGGCUGAACAUCAAGCAGGAGCCCGAGGACAGAGAGCCCACUUUCCGCUCUAUCGGCCUGCAGGACAUCACGCUGGACGAUGUGAAUGAAAUCAUCGGCAGAGACAUGUCCCAGUCCCCCAGCGCCCACGGUCCUCCUUCAGCACACAGCCAGUCAUAGCCCUCAGGCCCCCAGCUCGGCCUUUUGGCUCAUGAACCAUCCCCUCCAGCACUUAACCCCGCAGCCCCACAGCUCUAACAUGGACCCUGCUCCUGGCCAAGGUCCUGGUCCUGUGUGCGAUGGGACAAGAGAACAGAAGGAGACAAGACUUUGGUCAAAGACAGAAAACGGUUGGAGAACUUGUUAAAGCCUCAUGGGCCUGCUAGACCACCAGCCUGACAAGAAGACACUCUCAUUUGUCUCAUCUGAUUUCAUUUAAAACGAUACAGUUUAGAGAUAUAGACAAAGAACUCACAACUCAGAUUAAACAGAAAGGUGAGCAGGAGAAUGCAGCCAUGUCGAUUUACACUGAGGGUGAAAUGGUUGGAGAAUUAUGUGGAGCAGUGACAAGAAACAGGCUUUUUCUUCACACGUCCACUGCUCAGAGCUGUCGUUAGUUCUCAGAUGUCAAAAUGUGACCCCCAUCCCUCUUCAUUAGGUGUGUGCCUGACCCUUCAAAGCACCGCUGUGUUCUUGACCAAUCAGCUCUCUGUGAGUUCAGAGCACUCACUUUCCAGUACGUCUCGUCGUCCCUCCCUCACCAGCAUUGACCUUCAUGAAUGAAGACGUCUUGAGACAUGAAAAAAUAAGAGAGAUUCAGGAGUGCAGUGUUGUCACAGCAAGCCAGAGCUGGGAUUCAGAAGGCUGAAGUGAAAGAGUUUCUCAGACAGCGUUUUUAUACUCUUCAGUGUACUGCAACUCCCAGGAUGCCACACAGUAUUCUGGGUUUGCCUGAGUGAAAGUGAGGAACGACGUGAGAUGAUGUGGCAAAACUAAUCACCUUUGGAAGUUGGGCAUUAUAGACCUGACAAAUGAAUCAUUAGCUAUGAAAUCUGUUCACCAAAUCCAAAUCAAACCAAACUGUCAGGCUAUGUAAAGAAAGGCUCAUGGCUUAGUGAUGACAACACUGUCCACUCCUUUUUUCCCCCUCCCUUUUAAAUAAUAAAACCAUUCAGGUCUCAAUUGCAGGGGUCUGGCAGAGAGGAGCGAGCUCCUCUGACGCUGGUCUGGGAUCUGCAACCUGCAACAUUCCACAACUUGUAGAAACCUUGCAGCCAUGUAGAUAUCUGUACAUGACCCCCCCCCCCCCCCC